AUGCUGUGCCAGCCAGCCAGCCAGCCAGCCAGCAAGCAGCAGCAGCAGCAGCAGUUCCCGGUCCCGGCCUGCAGCAGUGGUCCCGCAGCCAGCCAGCCAGCCAGCCAGCCAGCCAGCCAGCCAGCCAGCCAGCCCUCCGGUGCCAGCCAGCCAGCCAGCCAGCAGCAGCAGCAGCAGCAGCAGCAGCAGCAGUUCCCGGUCCCGGCCUGCAGCAGUGGUCCCGCAGCCAGCCAGCCAGCCAGCCAGCCAGCCAGCCAGCCAGCCCUCCGGUGGCAGCAGCAGUCCAGCCAGCAGCAGCAGCAGCAGCAGCAGCAGCAGCCGCCGCCGCCCCGGCACCGGCUGGCUGGCUGGCUGGCUGGCUGUCUGGCUGGCUGCGGGACCAGUGCUGCAGGCCGGGACCGGGAACUGCUGCUGCUGCUGCUGCUGCUGCUGCUGGCUGGCUGGCUGGCUGGCACCUGGAACCCCUAG